AUGGAACGGCAAAAAGAGUGGGGAGAAUGGGAUGUCGGCGCUUCGAGGUGGGGAGAACAAGACAUCGACGCUUCAAUGGGAUCAACGGAUGGGCAGAAGGAAUGGGGUAAAGGGGAUGAAAAUCGAAAUGAAUUGCUUCUUAGAUCUUGGUGUCUAGCUUUCUCCGCUUGCUUCUUCCACAUCCGAGAGAGUAUCACCUGA